CCUGCUGCCGGCUCCCUCUCGCCCUCCCCUCCCCACCCUGCUGUGAUGACCCCAAGCUCCUACCGGGCCUCUUUACUGCUGCUGCCCCUCCUCCGUUCCCUUUUGUUUCUUUGUUGUCAUUGCUGUUGGGUGCAGUUGAGUAAAUUCUGACUCAUAGUGAUCCCGUGUGAUGGAGUCGCCUGCCCCAUAGGGUUCUCUAGGCUGUAAUCUUUAUGAAAGCAGAUGGCCAGGAAGCAGAUCUCUAGGUCUUCUCCGGCAGAGCUGCUGAGUGGGUUCAAACUGUCAUCCUUCCAGUUGGCAGCCAAGUGCUUAACCAUGGCGCCAUCAGGGCUCCAUCCUCUCUCCGUUAUUCCUGAAUCCUGUCCCCAGACCCUCAGCUGCCUCUUCACACUUUGCUGCCCUUGGCCCCUGUCCCCGUCGCCCCUGGCCAGGGCCAGGAGGUGUGCGGGGCUGAGUCACUGCUCUGCGGGGGACAUGUGUGGGCAGCCGGGUUUGAGAUGACAGCUUUCCCAUCAGCGACUCCUUCCGGGCCUCCAUCCUGGGUGCUGGGGCCACUCCCCGAGGUCAGCAGAGCGAGGGACCGCUCAGAAGGCAGGGCCCAGCUUCCUGUUUGCAGCUUUCUUAAAAUGACCUGGUUUCUAGAAGGGCCACAGGCAGGGAGAAUCAGUUUCAGUUUCUGUGGCUGGGAAGCAGGAGACGGGAGCUGUUUCCUCACCCCUAGUCCUCACCUUGUCAUACUGUGAUUCAGUGGGGGACAGACAGAUUCCUAGCAGCCCUGGGCCACUGUCCUGCCCUCCAACGGUCCACUCUCCCAGGACGCUCACUCCCCGGACACUCGGCAGACUGGAAGGUGUUUCCGGGGACCAGAUUUUGGUUUCUUCACUUCCACAGUUCAGGUCGUGAGUGGCAGGAAGGCUGCCCUGCUUGACCUGGAGCCCGCCCAGCUGUCCUUCCAUCUGUCCAUCCGUCUGCCUCUCGGCAGGGCCAACGCUUGGCCCCAGAGCAUCUGUGCCGAGUCAGGAAAGAACUACAACAUGCUCUAAAGACCUCUGCAUCCAGACCAAGGACGCCGCCGGCCAAGCUGCAGACUCUGAAGCAAAUGCAUGCUGACACCUCCUGAGGACCUGGGGCUCUCCUGACGCUGGAGAUACAGCUGCGAGUGAGGCAGAAAACAGCAAAAAGGAAUCAGCGAAGCCUCAUGCCCACCAUGGCCUCUGCCAACAAGAAUGGUGGCAGCGUCUCCUCCGUGUCCAGCAGCCGCCUGCAGAGCCGGAAGCCGCCCAACCUGUCCAUCACCAUCCCACCACUCGAGGCCCAGGCCCCUGGCGAGCAGGACAGCAUGCUGCCCGAGAGGCCUAAGAUUCCUGCCUACUUGAAGAGCGUCAGCCUGCAGGAGCCACGGGGACGAUGGCCAGAGGGCAGCGCCGAGAAGCGCCCUGGCUUCCGCCGCCAGGCCUCCCUGUCCCACAGCAUCCGCAAGGGCACGGCCCAGUGGUUUGGGGUCAGCGGCGACUGGGAAGGGAAGCGGCAGAACUGGCAGCGUAAGAGCCUGCACCACUGCAGCGUGCGCUACGGCAAGCUGAAGGCCUCCUGCCAGCGCGACCUGGAGCUGCCCAGCCAGGAGGUGCCUUCCUUCCAGGGCAUCGAGUCCCCCAAACCCUGCAAGAUGCCCAAGAUCGUCGACCCGUUGGCCCGGGGCCGGGCCUUCCGCCACCCCGACGAGGUGGACCGGCCCCACGCCCCGCACCCCCCGCUGACCCCGGGCGUCCUGUCCCUCACCUCCUUCACCAGCAUCCGCUCUGGCUAUUCCCACCUGCCCCGCCGCAAGAGGAUAUCUGUGGCUCACAUGAGCUUUCAAGCUGCCGCCGCCUUCCUCAAGGGGCGCUCGGUGCUGGACGCUGCCGGACAGCAGCGCCGGCUGGUCAAGCGCAGCUUUGCCCACCCCAGCUUCCUGGACGAGGACGUGGUCGAUGGGGCAGACACGUUCGACUCCUCGUUUUUUAGUAAGGAAGAAAUGAGCUCCAUGCCUGAUGAUGUGUUUGAGUCUCCCCCGCUCUCUGCCAGCUACUUCCAAGCAAUGCCGCGUUCAGCCUCCCCGGUCUCCGCUGAUGGGGUGCAGAUCCCUCUGAGGGAAUGCAGCCGCGCACCAGUCCCGGCGGCCAGGCGUGGCAAGCGCAUUGCCUCCAAGGUGAAGCACUUUGCCUUCGACCAGAAGAAGCGGCACUACGGCCUGGGCAUGGUGGGCAGCUGGCUGAACCGCAGCUACCGCCGCAGCAUCAGCAGCACUGUGCAGCGGCAGCUGGAGAGCUUCGACAGCCACCGGCCAUACUUCACCUACUGGCUGACCUUUGUCCACGUCAUCAUCAUGCUGCUGGUGAUCUGCACGUAUGGCAUUGCACCCCUGGGCUUCGCCCAGCACGUCACCACCCAGCUGGUGUUAAGGAACAAAGGUGUGUACGAGAGCGUCAAGUACAUCCAGCAGGAGAACUUCUGGAUCGGCCCCAGCUCGAUCGACUUGAUCCACCUGGGCGCCAAGUUCUCCCCCUGCAUCCGGAGGGACGAGCAGAUCGAGCAGCUGGUGCGGCGGGAGCGGGACCUGGAGCGGGACUCGGGCUGCUGCGUCCAGAACGACCACUCAGGCUGCAUCCAGACCCAGCACAAGGACUGCUCGGAGACUUUGGCCACUUUCGUCAAGUGGCAAGGUGACACCGGGCCCCCCAUGGACAAGUCUGACCAGGGCCAGAGGCGGACGUCGGGGGCCGUGUGUCACCAAGACCCCAGAACCUGCGAGGAGCCGGCCUCCAGCGGUGCUCACAUCUGGCCAGAUGACAUCACCAAGUGGCCGAUCUGCACGGAGCAGUCCAGGAGCAACCACACGGGCUUCCUGCACGUGGACUGCCAGAUCAAGGGCCGGCCCUGCUGCAUUGACACCAAGGGCAGCUGUGAAAUCACCACCCGGGAAUACUGUGAGUUCAUGCACGGCUAUUUCCACGAAGAAGCCACGCUCUGUUCCCAGGUGCACUGCUUGGACAACGUGUGUGGGCUGCUGCCCUUCCUCAACCCCGAGGUCCCCGAUCAGUUCUACCGGCUCUGGCUGUCUCUGUUCCUGCAUGCUGGUGUCGUGCACUGCCUGGUGUCCGUGGUCUUCCAAAUGACCAUCCUACGGGACCUGGAGAAGCUGGCCGGCUGGCACCGCAUCUCCAUCAUCUUCAUCCUGAGCGGCAUCACCGGCAACCUCGCCAGCGCCAUCUUCCUGCCGUACCGCGCGGAGGUGGGCCCAGCCGGCUCGCAGUUCGGCCUCCUCGCGUGCCUCUUCGUGGAGCUCUUCCAGAGCUGGCAGUUGCUGGAACGGCCGUGGAAAGCCUUCCUGAACCUGUCAGCCAUCGUGUUCUUCCUGUUCGUCUGCGGCCUCCUGCCCUGGAUCGACAACAUUGCCCACAUCUUCGGCUUCCUCAGCGGCCUGCUGCUGGCCUUCGCCUUCCUGCCCUACAUCACCUUUGGCACCAGUGACAAGUACCGCAAGCGUGCCCUCAUCCUGGUGUCCCUGCCGGUCUUCGCCGGCCUCUUCGCCUCCCUGGUCAUCUGGCUCUAUGUCUACCCCAUCAACUGGCCCUGGGUCGAGUAUCUCACCUGCUUCCCUUUCACCAGCCGCUUCUGUGAGAAGUACGAGCUGGACCAGGUGCUGCACUGACCCGCCGGGCCGGCCAGGCCACGCCACUUAUCCUCA